CAGUCACCUAUUUCUUCUUCUCGAUCGUUUCCCUAAUUCUGGUCGGCGAUUUCUUUCGCAAUGGGUCUGCUCAUCAGCUCCUUGUCAACCAUUGGCGCAAAGCAGCUUGUGCCGGCUUGGACUGCUGAUGAUGCAGAGGAAUCGAUUACGGAGCAUGAUCAGAUUCUGAGAUAUGCACUGGAUUCUGAGCUCUCACCAGAGGAGGUAUUGUUUCGAGACGUGAAGAAGGAAAGGAUCUUGAGACGGAAGGAUCUGCUAGAACUUGUUGGGGAGUCUAGGGUGCUCACCACGACGUGUGACCUCUACAUCGACCACAUAAACAAGAGCUCGCUAGCAUCUAACGGGCACUUCAAGAAGUUCAUCUUCUGGACCACCCGUACGGAAAUUGAGAAUGAAGAUGGUGGCAGUAAGAAGGAUGGCGAUAUUGGUAAUCACUCGUUCCAAGCAAGUGAAAAGCAUUUGCCGACCAGCUUCUACUUGCCAUUACCAGAGGGGAAGAUCAAUGAUGCCCACAAAUGUGAGCUUUGGUGCAUCCCCAUAUCGUAUCGAGGGCAUGCCAGGGCGAUCGUCAUAAACAUCAAGGAGGCCCGCUACGAGUAUCUAGACAGCGGCGGGCCUGACAAAGAAGCAGAAUUCUCGACAAUGGACAACGACUUGCAUGACAGAAUCUUGGAUGUGGCCACUAUGUACAUCAAUUGCAUGCGACGGCAAGAAGGCGACAUGAUAAUAGACUUCUCCAACUUCAAGUUGACAUUCCCUCUCGUGCCUAGCCAGCCUUCUGGCUCCCUAUCGUGCGUGAUCUACAUGCUGCGGUUCCUGGAGGAGUGGGAUGUCGACGAUGGCAGAGUGGAUCGUCGUCUGCCCAACAAGUUCGAAGGUUGGGACGAGGAGUCGUGGCAUGUCGAGGAGAGGAUGAAGAUUUGUACAUCCAUUCUGACGGAUCAAGGCUCCAAUGGCGUUCUUGAAGAGGUCAACCAAAGGGCGCAAGAAUGGCAAACAACUAAAAGAAGGAAACUGACUACUCAUCUUCUUCCUUUUUCUUUUCUUUUCCCCAGUUCAGUUCUGGUCGACAAACUGACUCUUGCCCUAGCUAAUUUCCGUUCUUCCUCGUGGUCAUUCUUCCGCCAAUGGCUAGAAAUUCUUGUAUUCAUAUAAAAAAGUGAAGGGUCUACAAGAAGUGGACUAGUUUCACGAAAUCUUUGCAGCGCCUCUAAAUAUGUUAAUUUUUGUUCUAGUAUUAUUGUACAUUGUUUAUAUUUUUUUAUAAACUGACAUAAAUCUAUUAAAUAUACUAUUAUAUUAAAAUGAUGUAUAAAACUCCGUACAUAUUAAUACCGUAACAUAUGCAUGUGGAUCAAACAUGCAUACACUAACCAAAUGAGAAAGGGAUGAGGUUAAGAAGUACAAAUUAGUAAAAUAACAAGAUUUAG